AUGGACGUUAUCUUCUCUUUUGCAGGUGUCUCUGCUGAGCUGUACUAUGUGCGCGAUGGCCAAGUCAAUGAUUAUGCGCUUAACUUUGCCGUGCCCGUACCAGCGAACGUCAACGAAAUCUCAUUCACAUGGCAAAGUCUAGCCCACCAUCCGCUACCCUACAGUGUCAACAUUAUUACAUCAGAGCCGUUCGUGCUGCCGCGGCCAAUGCUGAAUAUUUCGCGCAUCGGUGAAAUUCCAUUGGAGCCACAGACAUUCGCUGUCAGCCUGAAGUGUUCUGGCACUCGCGAUGCAGAAGUCGAGGUCACCAUCGCCAUCGAAAUAAUAUUGGACCGAAAGACGAACAACAUAACAGACUUGAUGUUCAGACGUAAAAAAAUUUGCCUUGCUGGCCCACAGGAUGACGGUCGACACAGCAGUAGCAGUAGUGGUAGUAGUAGCAGUGGUAGUAGCAACAUGAACAUGCAGAUUAAUCACCCAGUCGAGGGUAUUUUCAAAGACUCUACAAGUGUUAAUUCUGCACAUGAUGCCGAGGUUGCCAAGGUGGGUGGGGAUAGUGUGAGUGAUGAUCAUGCGACCAGUAGCGAUGAGCAACACACAAUGGAUGAAAACUUGUUGGGUGGUGGCCGCUUAAGCGGUGCAGGCACUGUUUUACAUGACUUCGAUCCAAUGUUAAAAGAGACUCUCGCACCACCGACUAGUGGUGUCACCACACUAAUAGUUGGUGGCAUUCUAGCUUUACUGCUUGUCACUACACUCAUCGUUAUCGCCUAUUGCGCCAAAGGUCCCACGAAACGUCAAAAUCAUGGUGUACAUCUGAUAAAGACUUCCAGCUUCCAACGCCUACCGACUAUAUCAUCAACUGCACACAAUUCCAUCUACGUGUGCCCGUCGGUAAUCACACCAACUUAUGCCACACUCACGCGUCCUUUUCGCGAAUAUGAGCACGAACCCGAGGAGUUCAAUCGGCGUCUCAACGAACUUACAGUGCAAAAGUGUCGAGUGCGUCUUUCGAGUCUGGUGCAGGAGGGCACAUAUGGGCGCAUCUAUAAAGGCACUUACAGCGAUUGUCAGGAGGUGUUGGUAAAAACGGUCGCCCAGCAUGCCAGUCAAAUGCAAGUAUCACUUUUGCUACAGGAAGGCAUGAUGCUUUACGAUGCGUCCCACCCGAACGUUCUCUCCGUUUUAGGCGUCACAAUCGAGGAUUUUACCACACCAUUCGUGCUCUAUCCGGCAAGCAAUAAUACACGAAACCUUAAGUUGUUCCUCCAAGAACCGGCAUACGCGCGUAGUGUGACCACUAUCCAAACCGUACUUAUGUCGUCGCAACUAGCAAUGGCAAUGGAACACCUGCACAAUCAUGGUGUAAUACAUAAAGAUGUGGCGGCCAGGAAUUGCGUCAUUGACGACCAGCUACGCGUCAAAUUAACCGAUAGUUCUCUAAGCCGCGAUCUGUUUCCAGCUGAUUACAACUGUUUGGGUGACGGUGAGAAUCGACCCAUUAAAUGGAUGUCUCUUGAAGCCAUACAAAAGAAACACUUCAACGAGGGCAGCGAUGUGUGGUCCUUUGGCGUCCUGAUGUGGGAGAUGUGCACACUGGGUAAACUCCCGUACGCCGAGAUCGAUCCAUACGAAAUGGAGCACUACUUGAAAGACGGUUACCGCUUGGCACAGCCCUAUAACUGUCCAGAUGAAUUAUUUACCAUAAUGGCUUACUGCUGGGCAGUGCUACCAACGGAACGUCCCUCAUUUAGCCAAUUGCAAAUAUGCCUUUCGGAAUUCCAUACGCAAAUCACCAGAUAUGUCUAAGUGCGAGCCGAAUUAUGGAAGCGAAUAUAACUUCAGUGGAUAGCAAAAAUAAUAAUAAAAAACAAAACACUGUUGUAUGUACAUAAAUAAAGAAUUCUUCAUACGAGACCCAGUAGACUCAAAAAUCCCAAAGACAAAAUAUCAAAAGGAUAAUAGAUAUAUUCUUGCACACAUACAUACACUUGUACAUUCUCGUACACACAUACACAUGCCUAUGUGUAUAUGAAUGAGCAAGUAUGUAUGGAGUAGAUGCUAAGCAGUAGAAGAUUUUUAUGACUUAUGUUUAAUAAAAUUAAGUUCUGAGAGACAUUAAAGUUUUAGCAAACUACCAAUAAGAUCCUUAGCAGAUAGAAAAGAAUGCGUGAUUUAUGGAAUGGCAAGUCAAAAGUGCCAAAUACAUACAUACGUACAUAUAUGAGUUCAAGAAAGGUGUACUCGUAGACCAAAUUGUUUGCCCCGCAAGUAGUUGAGUAUUAAGCUUUAAAAAAAGGAAAAGUUGUUAAAAAUGUCUCCAGUUGCGAAACUCUGACACUGACGAUAGUUAGUCUUUAACAAACACUUAAAUAUAAGUAGCAUUUGCCUAUGUAGACGUACAUGUAUGUAUAUAGUAAGUAUGUACAUUUAGGAGUCCGUGUUUAAGCCUUUGAUGUAAAUGUAAAUGUUAUUAGGUAAAGACAGUUUAAUCUCUAAGCGCGUAAUUCUUAAGUGCAUAAUGAUAUGAAACUAAUAUGUACACUUAUCUGUUCAAUCACAUAAUCUAGAUUUACACAUACAUACAUACAUAUGCAGUAUAUAUGUAUACUUAUAUUAAGUUACUGUUCGCCCCCACUCAGGUCUAGUUCUUAUCCCUCAUAUUAUCUUUUUAUUGUCUUACAGUCAUUUCGUAAUAAGUGCGAGUUCUCAACCCGUAGUUUCUAAUCAAAACUUUAACUGAAACGAAAUAAACGUCCAAAAAUCGAAUUUU